AUGCGCGUCCUUUUCGUGUAUAUCUGUGCGCUACUCGCUGUGACCGCUAACGCUGCGUCCACUUUCGGUUAUCACUAUGAACGUAAUAGCGGUGGCAACUCUAACUCCAAUAGCAACUCAAACACAAACGGCAACACCAAUAGUCUGAGCUUUAGUAGCAGCGGCAGCAGCAGUCGUUCGAAGGAUAAUAAUGCCGACAGCUUCUUUAAUACUCGCACGAAGGAUAACAACGCCGAGAGUUUCUUUAAUACCCGCACGAAGGACAACAACGCCGAUAGUUUCUUUAAUCCUGCACCCAGUGUCAAUUCACUCAUCUUGCCACAACAUCAAACAGUCCGACAACAACAACAGCAGCAACUAAAAACUACAGCGGAACAACAAUCUUAUAGUGGAGACAAGUACCUACCACCCACACAACCCACCGCCGAACCGAUCAUCACUAAACAAUUCUUUUUAGUCUCCGCACCGGAAGAUUCCGAAGAGCAAACACGCACGAAGCACUUCGUUAUCGGUCGUCCGCAGAAGAACUAUCGCGUCGUCUUUAUUAAGGCACCUUCCUCCGAGAAUGCCAAUCUCAAAUUGACCGCCGAAUAUGCGCCACAAGAGGAGAAGACUGUCAUUUAUGUUUUGAGUAAAAAGGAUGGUGAUUUGAAUAUCGGUGAGAUUGGCACACCGGCGCCAACGCAGCCCACCAAACCGGAGGUGUUCUUCAUCAAAUACAAGACACCGGAGGAGGCAGCCGCAGCGCAGAAAGAAAUUCAAGAACAAUAUGACAACCUUGGCGGCACAUCAGAGUUCUCCGACGAAGGCGUGGUGCCCAUCAAAUCGGUCGUCGGCUCUUUGGAUGGCUUAGCGGCCAAUGGUGGCUAUGAUUAUCGCAAAGUGCAAAAUGGCGCUGAAUCACCGAUCAAAAACUUCCUACAACCAGCACGUUUCUAUUUCUAAAGCACUUCUAUUUUUAAUUAAAAAAAAAUAAUUUUACUUGUUUUAAAUAUGCACAUUUGGUUAUACAUAUAAGCACGCAAAG